AGAUCGCCAACAUUAAUCUCUUUGUCAACAACAAAACGUAAGUAGUGCUAGUGCAAGGCCCGGCGAAGGGUUUUGUUAGUCCCGUGGUGAUAAUGGCGAGUCCAGAAACAAGAAAAGCACUACAAGAGCUUAGGAGACAAUACAACAAUAAUUCUUGUUUUGAGUGUGGUGCCCGCAACCCUCAGUGGGUGUCUGUGAGCUAUGGAGUGUUCAUCUGUCUCGAGUGCUCUGGGAAACACAGAGGUCUAGGAGUUCACAUCAGCUUUGUGCGCUCUGUCACUAUGGACAAGUGGAAGGACUCAGAAGUACAGAAGAUGCAGGUUGGAGGUAAUAGUCGUGCACAAGAGUUCCUCUCUUCUCAGUCUGACAUUACAGCAGACAUGUCUCUGUCCCACAAGUACAGCACGCGAGGAGCAGCUCUGUAUAGAGACAAGAUCCUGGCCUUGUCUGAGGGAAGGUCCUGGUCUAUAGACACAGCACAAGUCAAGCAGCCCACCACCUCUCACAGUAAUAGCAGUAAUAGCAGUGGUGGUGCUUAUGCUGGGGGAAGUCAGGCCUACACACUAGAGGAGAUCUCCAGUCAAAAGGAAGAGUUCUUUCGGAGGAGACAGCAACAAAAUGCUGAGAAGCCAGAGGACCUCCCACCUAGUCAGGGAGGACGCUACGGUGGAUUUGGGAACACUGUGGAGGCACCAAAGAAAGAAGAAUCGGAGUUCCUCUCAAACACUUGGGGUUCCAUCAGCACGGGCUGGAGCUCAUUCACGUCCAAUGCAAGUAGCUGGGCAUCUCAAGCUGGCACCUCCAUUCAGAAGAAUGUCUUACAACCCACAUCUGAGAAGGCACACACGUUUGGUCGAUACAUGAAUGAGAAGGUGGUGGAACCAACUAAACAAAAGGUCAAGGAAGGUCACCUCUGGGAUGAUAUGAAGACCUCUGCAUCAGGACUAGCUGCUAAGGUGAAGCAUUCCUUCAAGAUGGAGAGAGAACCUUCUGAUGACAGUGAUACAGAGAUCAGUCAACACACCAAGCAACAACAACAAGAAGAUGAUAAGGACGAGUAUCCUCGCGAUAUUGACGAUCUCCUAGGCGACGGUCCAAACAUCCACGAUCACCAUGACAAUGGUGAUGCAAUAGACGAUGCUGCAGUUUAUGAGAAGCCGAAAAAGAGCCGAAAGAAGAAAUCAAAGAAACACAAGACCCCAGCAGAAGAGGAACCAUCGCUGAUAUCAUUUGAUGCAUCUCCUCCCUCCCAGACCCGGGGUUAUGGUAGCACAGGUGGUACUACUGUAGUGAGCACAGGACAUAACCUCAUGGAUGAUGAUUGGUCCACACAAGAUUGGGGCUCUGGUUGGACUGAAGACACUGCUGCUAAUAAAGAGAGUGGAGGCGAGACUAGAGAAAGUGGAGGCAAGACUGAUGGUUGGGAGGAUUGGGGUAACGAGGAUUGGAGCAAUGUCGACCUCAAGGCAAACUGAACCAACCUAUUAUAUAAUUAUAGCUAGUGUAUCAUGUGUCUGCUUUUAUUAUUUGCAAUCUCCAUUAAUUUGCAAUUUCAAUAAUUA